CCUCCUCGCAGUCAAUCAGUCACAGAUUGCUGUAUUUCACAGCCUGCCAUUGCUAGCGCAGCCGCUGCGCGAGAAACCGUACCACAAGAACAGCAGCAGAGCAGCAUGCCAGUCCUCAGCCGAAACCAAGUCCUGAAGGGCGAGUUCCGCGUCGGCGCGAGAUUAGGAGAGGGCGCCUGCGCCGAGGUCUACUGCUGCGAGCGUGUCCAGGGCGCUAAAUUAUCAAGAGCCCAAAAAUUACAGCAAUCCGACGCGGACCUCGUCGUCAAGGCCGCGCCGAUCCCGCCCCAAUCCAAGAAGAAGGCUAAAGAUUAUAUGGACAAGAAGCGCGCCGCCGACACACUAUUUGCGGAGCAUUUGCUGUACGCCAACGUGCUGAACCGGCACCCGCGGCGCUUCGGCACGAAGGUCGGCUACGGCGAAGAUCAGAACUGCCGGUAUUUAGUACUGGAACGGCUCGGCCCGUCCCUGGGCGACGAGAUGGCCGAGACGCGACUAACACCGCAACAACUCGCGUCGAUCGGCGCGGACUGCCUUGCUUCGUUAGAAGUGCUCCACGCGCAGAAGUACGUCUACUGCGACAUGAAGCCCGAGAACAUUAUGCUGGGGACUUGUUCGUCCGGUCGGAUCCGGGACAAGGACCAAGCGCGCUUGGUGGACUUUGGCGUCGCCACUAGAUACGUCUCGGCCGUGUCCGGCAAACAUAAAGCAGAGGACGAGGGCGGCGGCCAGGCGGGCACGCCGCGCUUCGCGUCCCUGGCGUCUUCAUCAUCGCCGCCGGCGCGCCGCGACGACGUCGAGGCCCUGGCCUACGUGUUGCUCUGCGCGGCCGCGGACGACCGCCUGCCCUGGGACUCUGCACAAUCGGACGAGGCCGUGCUGGCGGCGAAGAAAAAGUGCGGCGACGCCUACGGCGUGCUCGCCGCGCUCGAGGACGAUUUGGUGGGCUUCGCCGGCGACGCGCGGCCUUUGGGGGAUUUCCUCGCGGACGCGCGCGCCCUCGCUCAUAAUGCGGCGCCGGACUACGAGCGCCUGCGCGGCCACCUGCGGACCCUCGCCGCCUCUUCUUCAAAACGCCGCCGCUCCGGCGCGCCCGCUUCCUCCAAGCGGCGCAAGGCGCCCGCGCCCAUGGACGAGUCGUCUUCUGAAGAAGAGGACGAGGCGCCGCGGCGCCCGCCGCCGCGGCGCCGCGCGGUGCCGAUGGACUGCGACGCGCCGCCGCCGCCGCCGCGCCGCGCCGCGCGCAAGGCGCCCGCCGCGCGCAAGCCCGCCGCUCCGCGCAAGGCGCCCGCGCGCAAGAGCCCCAAGCGGGCGCCGCCCGGCAGGCCCGACGUCUCCAUCGAGGCGCUCCUCGCGAAGGCGCGCGCGGCGAAGGCCAAGAAGUAA